UCUGUUGGGUGGGUAUACCUUUUAGCCGCUAGUCCGCUAGCAGUCUAGCACGCACACUUCACAUACACAAAUCUGGCUAGGCCAUAUUUGACGUUUAAAACGAAUUCUGCUCGUAACUCGACUUUAAAAGACAGUUUGUGUGGGUUAUUUUUUUCUACUCUCUACGGGGGAAUCUUACUCGGCGUGUUCAAUUUUUCAUCCGAGUACUGUGUGCCUCUGCGAACUGAUGGAACUUUGACUGGGGUCUUCACUUUUCCCCAAGGCCGUUGACCACCGAACGACUCACCGAAACUGACAAAAAUGUUCAAAAUAUUCAAAGGAUGCAAUCGUCAGGUCGAGUAUGUGGAUAAGCGUCACUGUUCGUUACCUAGCGUCCCCGAAGAUCUCUGGCGUUAUUCAAGAAGUCUAGAAGAGCUACUGCUUGAUGCCAAUCAUAUUAGAGACUUGCCCAAGAAUUUCUUCAGGCUUGCAAAGUUGCGAAAGCUUAGUCUCAGUGACAAUGAGAUUCAAAGGAUUCCACAAGACAUCCAAAACUUUGAAAACUUAGUGGAGCUAGAUGUUUCUAGAAAUGAUAUCUCUGACAUUCCGGAAACGAUCAAACAUGUCAAGGCUCUGCAAGUGGCUGAUUUCAGCAGCAACCCUAUACCAAGAUUACCCGCCGGAUUCGUUCAGUUGAAGAACCUUACCGUCCUUGGAUUGAAUGAUAUGUCCCUGAGUUCACUUCCACUCGAUUUUGGAAGUCUGAGUAAUCUACAAAGCGUGGAGCUGCGAGAGAAUUUGUUGCGGACUUUACCCGAGUCCAUGUCUCAACUGACCAAACUCGAGAGGCUGGACCUCGGUGACAAUGACAUUGAAAUCUUGCCCGCACAUAUUGGAAGUUUGCCCGCCUUGACGGAACUUUGGCUCGAUCACAAUCAGUUAGGCCAGUUACCCAAAGAGCUGUGCCAGUUGACCAAUCUGGCUUGUUUGGACGUCUCGGAGAAUCAUUUAGACAGCAUGCCGGAAGAGAUCGGUGGCUUGAUUUCUCUUACGGACCUGCAUCUUUCACAGAACUUCCUCGAAUCGCUUCCAGACGGAAUUGGUGCCCUCUCUAAGCUAACCAUUUUAAAAGUGGACCAGAAUCGGCUCACGACACUCAACUAUUCCAUCGGAAAAUGCGUCGCACUGCAAGAGCUUAUCCUCACGGAAAACUUCCUGACGGAGUUGCCAACUUCUAUAGGAAAUAUGACCAAGCUGACUAAUCUGAAUGUGGAUCGUAAUCGCCUUCACGAGUUACCGGUCGAAGUUGGCCAUUUGGUCUGUCUGAACGUUUUGUCGCUGCGUGAGAAUAAACUUCAUUUCCUACCCAAUGAAUUGGGUGACUGCAGUGAACUCCACGUACUCGACGUGUCCGGCAACCGACUGCAAUACCUGCCCUUAUCGCUGACCGGUUUAAACCUGAAGGCUAUUUGGCUUUCAGAAAAUCAAGCCCAACCCAUGCUAACUUUCCAGACGGAUAUCGAUGAGCACACUGGCGAACAAGUACUCACGUGCUUUUUGCUUCCCCAACUCGAGUAUCAAAACGAACAACAAGGAGCACCUGCGUUGCUAAGACGCUGGGGUGGCAAUGGACCUAUCGGGUGGCGGGCAAAUGUUUCUCCUUGGUUCCAUACGCCUUUGUUCGGUUCUAGUUUCUCCAUAGAUGACGUUACCUUCGUGGCCUCAGUGUCUUCGCCGCCCAUGAUGUCGCAGACGGAUGCAGACAGUGACACCGCUGACCCCAACCGGACCUCUUUCGUCAAAUUUGCCGAAGAUUCUGAUGGAGAUGACGACAAGGAGACUCCUUUUGUGCGUCACAACACGCCACAUCCCAAGGACCUGAAAGCCAAGGCUCAGAAACAUUUCAAAGGCAAGAAAAUCGAUGGCAAAGUCGUCCAUCAUGACGAACAGGAUGGACUUAAAGAAGGCGAAGCUUUCAAACCAGAUCGUACUGCACAAGAAUUGCCUUAUCGGCGAUCGUCUCCUUUGCCUCCACUUCAACUGAUUGAUUUGCCUGACCGAAGAGAUGACGAAUUCACGGGCCGAAGUGGACCAAUAUAUCCCAAAGAGCAGCAAUACGAAGACCAGAGGCAAACAUCUUCGCCGUCUCCAGUACCAGAGAUUCAUGAAAAAGCUGUUGCCUUUGUCGACCAAUACGAACAUAGAAGCAUAGAAGAAGCCGAUGAAAAUGAAGAGGAUUUCGAUGGAGGAGACGAACGAGUUCCUCAUGAAAAGUCUAAGCUGUCAAGACGUGAUACACCUCACUAUUUGAAAAACAAACGAAUUCACGAACCAAUGGACAAGGAAAAGGCUAUGGCAUUGAUUACAAGCGCUCUCAAGAAACAGGAGAUGACCCAGCAACAGCCCCAGCAGCCGUCUACGUCAUCGAACCAGUCUGAAGAUGAGGAAGAUCGUCUUCCUACGCCACCUCCGCUCCCUGAUGACGAGUCUGUCGAUAACGAACAGCAGGUGGAAGUCUUGGAGAUUCAAUACGAGAUUCACAUCGAAAGGACAACAAGUGGCUUGGGACUGAGUAUCGCCGGCGGAAAAGGGUCCACUCCUUAUCGUGGUGACGACGAAGGUAUCUUCAUAUCUAGAGUGACCGAAGGUGGGCCGGCCGAAAUGGCAGGAUUGCGAGUGGGUGACAAACUGGUGGCCGUCAAUGGGAUGUCGUGCAUUGACGUUGAUCACUAUGAAGCGGUGGACAUUCUAAAAGCUGCCGGCCCUAGUCUGGUGGUGCACUUCAUCAGAGAGGUGACCCGACUUGUUCCGCCUGCAGGCGAAGAGGAGGAGCAGCAGAUGCGACAACAAGAACAGCCAGAAUCAGAAAAGCCCGCCUCGCCGUUGAUAUCAGAGCCCUCUGCAGUACCUGCAGCACCACCUAAACCGGCUCCCAGAAUGUCUAUCGGCUCGAGUUCCAGUCUACAGGGUGUUAGAGAGAUGGACAAACCGAUCAGCAACGGUGUGCCAAACCCUGCUCCCCGACUUAGUUUCACCCAGUCUCAAGCAGCAGCAGCGGUAGCCAAUCAAGUCCAUUCCGAGACGGCUAUUGUGGAUCAGCGCCCAUAUUCACCACCUCCUAGUUCAAUGGUGCCCAACAAAUCCGCUGUUUCUCCAGUUGCCCCAACGUCUGUUGCCCCGGUGCUCACUUCUUUCCCUAGUAGCCUAUCAUCGCAAAUUAUUCGCCCGGCUUCGCAACCUCCUCCACCACCGACUCAGUCGCAAUCCAUGCCCGCUGAAAUGGGUGCUAAACAACCAAAUGGUCUGGAGCUAAGAAAGGAGCGUGUGUAUAUUACGCUGUUACGAGACCAUACAGGUUUGGGUUUCAGCAUCUCAGGAGGCAAAGGAGGCAAUCCUUACAAAGAUGGAUCAGAUUCCGUCUACGUAUCCCGCAUUAUGGAAGGAGGGCCUGCCGAAAAAGACGGCAAACUGAAAAUUGGAGAUCACGUCAUUUCCAUCAAUGGCGUCGAUGUGGAAGGUGCUCGGCACGAUCAAGUUGUUGCCAUGCUGACUGGUUUGGAACGUUUCGUCCGGUUGGUUGUGGAGCGUGAAUCAUGGCUUCCUCCUAGCCAUUUAAAAUCACCAAAGAUGUUUGGUACUCCACGACCUUACACCAGCCUAUACAGCCCCAAUAGUUAUAUGGCCAACCGGCCUAAUUAUGCUGGCCUUUCAAGCAUGCCGACGUCGCCCUUGAUUGGUUCCAUGUCAUCACCUUUGACUACAAGUUCACCGAGCGUCAACCAAUCAGCCCGGCAGCAAUUCCUUGCCGCGUCUCCUGAAAGAAAGAGCGGAAAUGUAGAGCCGUCGCCGCUUCCGACAGCGAAAAACGCCUUGGCCUUGCCGUCCGGAGAGGAAGUGCCGAAGCACGUUACCAAUGAACAAUUCCAGGCCAUGAUACCAGCUCAUUUCGUUCAACCUGAGCCUCAGCAGCCCGGUUCUAGUAUCGUCAUCAAUGUCAAGCAACCAGAUCCUGUUGGUGGGGCGCUGAGCGAAUUUCAGUUCCCUGCCGUGCCCACCCAGUUGGGCAAAGUCACGGAAACCAUCACAAAAAGUACACUGACGGAAACCAUCGUCACCCGCGUCACCAACAAUAAACUCGGUGCACUUCCUAUCGUUAUUGAGGAUGUGAUUCUGCAGAAAGGUGCCGGUCCGUUGGGUCUUAGCAUUGUCGGUGGGAACGAUCAUUCGUGUGUACCAUUUGGUGCCGACGACCCGGGAGUCUUCAUAUCGAAAGUCAUUCCGGAAGGUGUGGCUGCUAAAACGAUGCGACUACGGAUCGGUGAUCGGAUCCUCAAGGUUAACGGCAGGGAUGUUUCCAAGGCAAGCCACCAGGAUGCUGUCCAAGCACUGUUGGAACCCACAGCGGAGCUCAUCUUGACCGUUCAACACGAUCCGCCACCGAAAGGGUUGCAGGAAUUGACAAUUUACAGGAACGAAGGCGAGAAACUUGGCAUGAACAUUAAAGGUGGUUUGCGUGGACAUCCGGGUAAUCCUCUCAACAAACACGACGAAGGUGUUUUCAUCUCCAAAAUCAAUCACGGCGGUGCAGCUAGACGAGAUGGCCGUUUGAAGGUCGGUAUGCGUUUGCUUGAGGUGAACGGUAUUAGCUUGCUGGGAGCCUCUCAUCAGGAGUCUGUGAACUCUUUAAGGACUUCCGGCGAUGUCAUCCAUUUGCUCAUCUGCGAUGGAUACGAUGCUGCUGAAGUAGAACGACUCCAAUCAGAGGGCGUACUAACUCGCGAAGCAAAAUCAACAUCCGAAAGUGUUUCGAGUCUUGAUCGAAUUGGCGAGGAGCCCAAUCACGUCAACAUUAUCAAGGGAGACGAGGCUCAAGACGACGGUUGCUGUGAUCGUGAAGAAUCCGAAGAAAUUGCCAAGACCACUGGUUCUUCUUUGCCGGUCAGUCCGAUGUUGGGUGAUCGAGACAAAACUUCAGAGAAGGUGUUGGACGCUGUCCGAGCUGCUGAAAUGCUCGUGUCUAACAUGGUGCCUAAAUCGCCUGGUCCAAAUCGAGUUGACAUGAAAACGACGACGAUUGUCAUGUCAAAACAUACACUAGCUCCGCAAACAAGCACGCCCAUAGCUCCUCGCGCUAAUUUGGGUGAGGCGGGUCUUGCUGAAGAAGGUGGCGAUGCUAUUUCGCCGGCACCCUCCCCGCUUCCGGGGCGAUUAACUCCGACGGCUUUGCGACAUGCCGGUUCGGAUCAUCCAUCGGAUCGCAGCAGCAGUAGCUGUGGCAAUAGCCCUAUUCCUCCCAUAAUCCAGGAUGCCAUGCCUCCUCCCGCCACUCCCGCCGUACCGAAAACGGCACCGCAGGGAGUUGGUUUGACUGGUCCCAGCCCGGAUAAGAUGACUUUUAGUGCCAAGAAGCGAUUCUUUGAGAAGGAGAUUGAAGAGACAAUUACACCCGCAGCUAAACCUGAAAAGAGAUUCAGCUUUUUGAGUGAGGAUGAAGUCAACAAAUUGAAACAAGAAGAAGAAAGGAAAAUUGCCAAUCUUACUAGCGAGCAACUGCUCAACAUGAGCCGUUUAGACGACGUUGAUGAAGAGGAUGAAGAUGAAAUAGAUGAAGCAAACGAACCCCAUGUUGAGCCCGUCGCUGUAGCCGUCACGGUCACAACCGUCCCGACAGCCCAGCAUCCUUCCAUCGUUCGUACCGCCAAAGCAGAAAAACGUCUUAAGGAUAAACUAACACGCGAGGGUUUAGAACUCAGUGAAGAGGAGAAAAUGUUAUCGCCAACUGAGCAAAGAGCUUUACAGGCUAAGAAACGAGCGGCAUGGAGGGAGGCUCGUUUGAAAUCACUGGAGCAAGACGCCAUGCAGGCUGAGAUGGUCAUUAAGAGAAUGAGCGAAUAUAACCAAUCGGCUGAUUCGAGCUCUGAAUCUUUGUCGGCAUCGUUACGUAACGCAACCAAUCCGCUCGAUGGCAGUGAUGACAACGGCAACAAUAAUCGAUCAAUUCCGGAUUACACGAAUAAUAACCAGAUGGAUCCCGAAAACAACGUUCAGGAUCGUAUUGAAGAAGAAGAUGAAGAUGACGAAGCGGAUGUCGAUAACCUCGAUCAGGCCGGUCUCGGUGGAACGGAUAACGUGGCCACAUCAACAAACAACGGACGCCAGAAGAAGAAGAAAAACAAGAAGUCUAAGAAUCGGUAGAUUGUCGAAUCGCCACAGGACAAAGUAGAUAUCACGUUUUCUUUUGGUGAACCCAUCAUCAUGAUCACACGCCUUUGUCUCCAUCCUAACAACACUUGCCUUCACGUCGGCACUUUGCAUACCGUUGUCGUCAAAAAUCUUUUUCGGGUCUUGAUAGAAAACGGUUUUAUAUCAUUUGCCUUUUUUCAAUCUUACAUUUUUCAUCUACCAUUUAUGAUACUUUAUCUGUAUUUUCCAGAUCGUCAGCAUUUUUCGUCUUUGGCUUUGUUGUUUUUCGUUCUGUCCUAUUCUUUACCCCCCUCCCAUUUUCUCUACUACGAUUUUUUUAGAAAAAGAUUCGUUUGCAUGCGAAUAUGGCGGGAUUCGUGUAUGUUGUCCCGCUAAAGAUGUUUUAUCCACACUAACUCGCAAAAUUUGAUAAGAAAAAAAGCUGCGUAUUUGUGCCUCAUUUAUACCCCCUCUCCCUUGAAUUAAAUUUUACAGUAAAUGAAAAUAAUACAGCCUUCGUAAAAAUA